CGAACUCCCUCCAAGCCAAGUUCCAAUCGAAGUCACCUGCUUGACCAGCCAGCCACUACCCCCACAGUACGUACAGCCCACUAGCCCUGUGCGCCGUGCGCGAAUACAUGCACACACCACCAAGUGUCUAAUACAGUACACUAGUCUCGCCUCGCCUCGUGCUUCGAUUCGAGUGAGAGACACCUCCAUUUAGGCUUGUGUUUGUGCGCGCGUAUAUUACUCUCGCCGCCAGCUAGCCAGCCAGCCAGCCAGCCAGCCAGCCAGCCAUGGCGUCGCAACUAGCCGUCACAUGCGGCGCUUCGUCUCUCGCUCCCACGCAGCCAUGUCUCGAAACACGGCGUCGCGCCGCUGUUCCCUCUCCCCGAAUAGCGGGAAAUCAUCAUCAUCGUCAUGAUUACGCCCACCUGUCCGCACGUCGCGCCGCCAGCAUUUGCCGACUGCCGUCGCUGCGCUCGAAGCGCGCGCUGCCACGUCAGCAGCGCGCGACGGUGGCGAUGGCCGUCGAAGCCGGUGGUUCUGCUGCCGCUCCGCCUGCCAGCGACAGCGCGGCGGCGGAGGCGUGGCGCGCGGAAGCCGAGGCGGCGCGCGAUAAAGCGGAGGGGGGGAAAUUCGUGUGGGAGAAGAACUGGUACCCCGCAGCCGUGGUGCGCGAGCUGGAUCCGCGCGUGCCGGUGGCGCUGACGCUGCUGGGGCGGCCCGUGGUGAUCUGGUUCCACGCGCCCUCGCAGCAGUGGCUCGCCUUCCACGACCUCUGCCCGCACAGGCUAGCGCCGCUGUCGGAGGGGCGCAUCCACGAGUCGGGCGACCUGCAGUGCAGCUACCACGGGUGGACCUUCGCCCCGGACACCUCCUGCUCGUUCAUCCCCCAGGCUCCCAAGGACGGCCCUCCGGUGAACACAUCCCCCCGUGCGUGCGCGCGCCGUUACCCCACGACCGUGCGCCACGGCAUCGUCUUUGUGUGGAUGGACCACUCGCCCGGCGCGGCUGCCGAGGCCGCUGCCUCGCCUGUGCCCGUGGUGCCGGAGCUGGAGGACCCCACCUUCCAGGGAGACGUGGUGCAGACCGACCUGCAGUACGGCUACGAGCUGCUAGUGGAGAAUCUCGUGGACCCGGCUCACGUGCCAUUCGCCCACCACAAGAUCAUGAGCAACCGCAAGUACGGCAAGCCGCUGAACCUGACGGUGAGCGGCAUCCGCGCCCAGGGCUUCCAGGGCUCCAACGACCAGGGCGGCCCCUUUGCCUUCCUGCCGCCCACUCUCGCGCGCCAGGAGAUCAUCGUCCAGCCCAAGCCUGGCCAGCCCCCCUCGGACCCUCCCAAGAAGCUUGUCCUCGCCUUCUACUGCAUCCCCACGGCCCCCGGCAAGAGCCGCCUUAUCUUCACCUUCCCCUCCAACUUCUUCCCGCCCGUCGUGGCGCUCAUUCCGCGCUUCUACACGCACCUGCAGCAGCUCGUGAUUCUUGACUCCGACCACUACUUCCUGCACGUGCUGGAGCGGAGGCUGGAGGAGGAGAAGCUUCUUCUGGCUGCUGCAAGUGCCAGUAGCAACGGCAGCACUCACAGCAAAGCCCAAAGCAGCAGUGACAGCAGCAGCCGCAUUUCAAGCAGCAGCGGCAGUGUGAUCACCACGAAUAAGGCGUACUACACGCCGACCAAGUCGGAUGCGUUUGUCACGGCCUUCCGCUUCUGGAUGGACAGCUAUGCAGGCGGGCGAGUGCCCUGGCCCGCUUAUGUCAACCCUGCGCUCCCGCCCCCUCUGCCAAAAGAACAAGUCAUGGACAGGCAAGUGAGCCACAUCAGCAUCUGCAAGACAUGCCAGUCUGCCCAGCGCCUCUUCUCCCGUAUCCGCCUUGCUCUCUGGGCCGCUGUGAUUGUCUGCCUCGUGCUCCUCGCUCUCCUCCCAACCCUCUCCGCGCUCCAACGACUGCCUCUCUCCCUCAAUCUAGCUGUGCCUCUUGCCCUUGGCGCUCUUCUUUUCGCUGCUGCUGCCCAUUUUGUCAGUCGCUUUAUUGAGCGUACCUUCUUCUAUAGCGAGUAUGUGCAUGCGCUAGUGGAGUGAGUUACCUACCUAGACUGACGAUGUUGCUUGUGUAGAUGUUUGAGUGUACUGAACAGAACAAUAUAUGUGGUUGCACAGG